AGAUGAUAGUAGCUCAUGUAAUUGCAAUGUCCUAUCACACGAAGAAGAAGAAGAAGAAGAUGCCACCACCACCAUGCUAUUGCUCCUCCCUGAUAACAAUAACAAUAAUCCUCCUCCUACAACAACAGAACAAUCCCUGGACUACAGCUGCAGCAGCUUCAGCCAUGGCCACCACCACCACCAAGCUUGGGUCGUCACCGUUGUCUGACGUGGUAAAGGACACCUGCGAGAGAUGCAGGCAGGGCAACCCACAGGUGAACUACACCCUCUGCGUCUCGUCUCUGUCGUCGGACCCCAAGAGCAGGCAGGCGGACCUCCACGAGCUCGCCAUGAUCUCGGCCAAGCUGGUGAGGUCAGGCGCAGUGGGCAUGGAGGCCAAGAUGGCGGAGCUCAGCAGGAAGGAGCGGCCAUGGUCUCGCCGGAGGUCCUGCCUGGAGGCGUGCAUGGGGGUGUACCACAACUCCCUCUAUGACCUCGACGCCUCCAUCGCAGCCAUCCAGGAGAGGAGGUAUGCGGACGCCAAGACGUCCAUGAGCGCCACCGUCGACGCGCCCAUCACCUGUGAGGAUGAGUUCAAGGAGCAGGGCCUGGAGCCACCCAUGAAAGCAGAGAGCAAACGCCUGUUUCAACAGGCGGCCAUCACCCUCGCCAUCAUCUCCCUUCUAUGAUAGUAUUGACAUGAUCCAUCUCCCUCCCUGCGAUACAGUACAGCUACUGCUUGCUACUAGUGUGCAACUAGCUAGCUAUAGAUAGUGCACACUCCAAUAUACUUGCAUGUAUGGCAUCAUCUAUCGCUCCAUGUUUGUUUAUCUACAAUAUAUAUGCAAUCCGGCAUUGUCAUAGGCUGGGUCGUUGCUUC